CCGUCACUUUCAUUUCGAAUUGCAUACGACUCGAUACGUGGACGGGUAUCAGCGAAACAUUUCUAUUAAAAACACAUAGUGUUAACAUAAACCUCGAUCAAAAGACUGCAAAAUGGUCACAAAAUAUAUUUUAACAGUUUUCGCUAUUGCUAUCAGCGGUUCACUGGCACAAACCUGCCAGAACCCCCAAGUUGAAGCGGCAUCCUUCACGAGUCUGGAUGCAACCAUCGUCACACAAAUAGCAUAUAUUACAGAAUUUACAUUGAAAUGUGAUAAACCUCUGCCUGAAAACUACGCGCUGUACGCUGAGGUUGAAGGGAAACCAUUGACAGCGGCGCGUAUUGCCGAAAAUAGAUACCAGGUUUCUUGGACUGAGGAGCCCUCAAAGGCACGUGCUGGUGUCCACGAAGUACUUGUUUUCGACGAAGAAGGUUGGGCAUCCCUUCGCAGAGCUCGCCGCAAUGACCCAUCUGUUAAAGCUGCCCCACUACUGGCCAUACAAUUGCAGCACCCUGGAAGCUAUUCCGGUCCAUGGGUGAACUCCGAAGUUCUUGCAACUGUUCUUUCUAUCAUCAUUGCAUACACCGCACUCAGAAACAAAAGCAAAAUUCUAGCCUAAAUGUUAUUAUAGUUGUUUUUAAUAUAUUUAAAUUAAAUCUUUAAAUUU